AUUCAAUAGCGACGCAGCUCAUGGUUAGAUUUCACUAACCAUGCUAACAGUUUAUUUGUAUUUCCGACAACUUCAUGAGUAAUAAACCAUAUUACAUUGAUAGGUUGUCCCAUAUUUUGUUUCAAUUUCAUCCAUCUAAACGGUUGCUAUGAAUGGCUUAAAACGAAAUGUGACUUAAUAGUUAAUCACACGAUCGCUCACCUUAUAUAAGAGCUCAAUUAAAGCUUCCAGUCACCAUUCUGGAUUUUGUGACAGGACACACCUAUCAACAAAAUGAAAGGAGGAAUUGUUAUUAUAUUGGCUUCCGUCGUGGCCCUUAUAGGCCUAACUUUGCCAGAGGUGAACUCCCAGGAGACUGUGACUAUAUGUCAAGGUACAUUUGGUAGGAUCGAUUGUGGCAUGAACAAUGUCGUCAUCGAAAGCGCUUCCUACGGGCGGAAUGGCAACAUCAUAUGUCCAAGCGGUCAAGCCAACACAGCCAGCCCGUGUUCCGAAGAUGUGACGGAUAUCUGGCAAAACCUAAGGUGCAGCGGCAGGACAACAUGCUAUCCUUACGCCAGGAGUAGUUGGAACGGCAAUGGAUGUCCAUCAUACCCUCAGGCCUAUUUGGAAGUCAUGUAUACAUGUGCUAUUCCUACAACUACAGAAAUGACCACAGCACCAACUACAGAAAUGACCACAGCACCAACUACACAAAUGACCACAGCACCAACUACACAAAUGACCACAGCACCAACUACACAAAUGACCACAGCACCAACUACAGAAGAAGCAACAACGACAAUGCAGCCAACAACAUUGCAGCCGACAACAAUAACAAUGCAGCCGACGGUACCACCAGCAACGAUUUUGACUCCAGUGUGUCAAGGUACAUUUGGUACGAUCAAUUGUGGCUCGAACAAUGUCACCAUAUGCAGCGCUUUCUACGGGCGGAAUGGCAACAUCAUAUGUCCAAGCGGUCAAGCCAACACAGCCAGCUCGUGUUCCGAAGAUGUGACGGAUACCUGGCAAAACCAAAGGUGCAGCGGCAGGACAACAUGCUAUCCUUACGCCAGGAGUAGUUGGAACGGCAAUGGAUGUGCAUCGCACCCUCAGGCCUAUUUGGAAGUCACGUAUACAUGUGCACCAGAAGGAUGUCCUGUGCCGGCACUACCCGCUUCUUAGAAUUCCUACAUCAGAACAUGCACGGUUGCAUACUUCAGCCAAUGGCUGUUCUUCAGCAUGGCCGUGCAUAGUUACCCAUUGCAUAGUUACCCGAUGCACUGGCACCACCUUGCAAAGAAUUCAUUUGAGCAACUAUAUACCUGUUGGGCACUUCCAUACAAGCCAUGCAAGCGAUGGCGGAAGCACUUUGUAUUUUGCUAUAACUAAAAGGGCGAUGUUAACACCGUCAGACAACACAGUCGCAAACGCACGGUACAGUGUUUCGUUUACAAUGGAAAGCAGGUUUAUGUCUUACACAAAGACAAUAAAAUUGUAAUAUUUCAUUUUUAAUUAUUGAAAAGCACUCACUGCUUUAACACAAAAUUAACAGAAAUAUAAUGUGUACGGGAAUGUCCCUGUCUAAAACAGCAACAUGAAAACAAUGAAGUAGAACAUAGAUUCUUCUAAAAAUAUAAAGUCAUUCUGAAUUAAUGUAUUUCCGGGGCGCUUGCUCCUUUUAAGGUGUCAUGGUGGUUAAAAGGUUUUAGGAGGAACCUAUAUUAUGCAUAAAUCAAAGGAAAUAUCUCUCCUUUGCUGAAUUGUAUUUUAUUUGUUUUAAUUACUUCAUAAUAGAAAAAGAAAAAAAAAUUGAGUUGAAUGCUGAAUGAAUACAACUAGUUUUUCAGUGCAUUGUAAUCAGUACUCAUACUAUUAUAUAUGGUGUCUUAAGUUUUUUGUACUUUCAUUUAAUAUAAACUUCUUGUAUGCGCUUCUUGCAUAGGAAGAGUAUGUGCCUUGUAAAAUACUGCCAUAAUUGUUGUGAACAUUACUGAGGAAGAAAAAAUGAUACCGGUAGUUCGUUUAAAAGUAAAAUCGUAAUUAUACGUAAUAUAUGAAGUAAUCGAAUAUAAUUGUAGCCUAUUACUGAAUCAUAUUUGUGUCAUAGAAUAUUUGUUGUUUGGGCAAGAAAAUCCUGGAAGUAUAUGUAACGUUCUAGACUUAACUUUUGUCUUCGUCAUAGUUUGCAACAAAACAAUUGAAUUUUCGUAAUUUUGUUAAGAUUACUAGGUUGAAGAACAAUGUACUAAAGGGUAACUAUCACAAUAAGGUUCUAGAUUUUUAAUAAAUAUCUGAUGAAUCCUGGAAAAAUCAGAGGUAGUCUUGAUGGUUAUUAUAGUGUAACAUUAUUGUAGGGUAUUGUGAAGUAGUUAUAAAUUGACAUCAAACAGGUCGUUGCACUUCAUGUUUAGUUAGAUAAAAGCUCCAUUAGGGCUAUAAAUUCAAUACAAUUAUCACGUAUACUAAAUCUUAGAUGUGAUCUGAGACAUAGGCCUACGAGACUAAUAGAUUGUUGCCAGAGCCUUAAAAGGACGUCACAUUGCCUUAAAAGGAUGUCACAUGUGGCAGUCAACGUUCUCGUCGUGCAAAUCUAAAAGUCCCUAUCUGAACAACGCCUUAGUCUGGAUCACCCGUUCCUUAAACAAGCAUGUCUUUUUUCGCGUAGAAAUACUAACUUUCGUAACUAAAUAAUCAAUAUUCUAUAAGAAACUUCUCUUAAUCAUAAUAAAAACUAGUCAUGUAGUUCUUGCAGCUUA